AGAGAGAAAACAGGAGAAUAAGAAGAAGCUAGGAGAGAAAUAAUGGCGGCACCGCAAGACUCUGGGCCGCAGGGUCUGUCGAGGAGGCCGUCGAGAAACACAGCGAUAACGAACUUUUCGACGGAGGUUUUCGAUCAUGAAGUCGUUCCGUCUUCUCUCGUUUCGAUCGUUCCGAUUCUUCGUGUCGCCAGCGAAAUCGAGCCGGAACGGCCUCGCAUUGCCUAUCUCUGUCGGUUUUAUGCAUUUGAGAAAGCACAUAGGUUGGAUCCAAGCUCUACUGGGCGUGGUGUGAGGCAGUUUAAGACUGGUCUCUUGCACCGUCUUGAGCGGGAAAAUCAUGCAAGUCUUCCCCGUCGUGUCAAAAAGACCGAUGCCCGCGAAAUUGAGAGUUAUUACCAGCAAUACUACUCCCAGUAUAUUCGAGCUCUUGACCAAGGGGAGCAGGCAGAUAGAGCUCAGCUUGGAAAGGCUUACCAAACUGCUGGAGUCCUUUUUGAAGUUCUCUGCGCCGUCACCAAAACUGAGAAAGGCGAAGAAGUUGCUCCUGAGAUUAUUGCAGCCGCGAGAGAUGUUGAAGAGAAUCAAAACAAAUACUCCCCCUAUAAUAUACUUCCGCUGGAUGCUGCUGGGGCCUCGCAGUCCAUCAUUCAGCUUGAAGAGGUUAAGGCUGCCAUCUCUGCAUUGUGGAACAUUCGUGGCUUAACUUGGCCACCUGCAAGUGAGCAGCACCGGCAGAGAACCAAUGAUUUGGAUCUUUUCGAUUGGCUGAAGGCUAUGUUUGGAUUUCAGAAAGACAAUGUUCGAAAUCAGCGAGAGAAUUUGAUAAUACUACUAGCAAAUGUUCAUAUAAGGCUAAAUCCAAAGCCUGAGCCUAUGAACAAGCUUGAUGAUCGAGCUGUGGAUGCUGUGAUGAACAAGCUCUUCAAAAACUACAAAACAUGGUGCAAAUUUAUGGGUCGGAAGUACAGUUUAAGGCUUCCUCAAGGUCCACAUGAAGUUCAGCAAAGGAAAAUUCUUUAUAUGGGGUUAUAUCUUCUUAUAUGGGGUGAAGCAGCAAAUGUGCGCUUCAUGCCAGAAUGCCUAUGCUAUAUUUUUCAUAAUAUGGCUUAUGAACUCCAUGGAUUGCUGGCUGGAAACGUCAGCAUUGUGACGGGAGAGAACAUAAAGCCCUCCUAUGGUGGGGAUGAUGAGUCGUUCCUUCGGAAAGUUAUUACACCCCUGUAUCGUGUAAUUGAAAAGGAAGCCCAGAAGAGCAAAAAUGGGAAGGCACCUUACUCUGCUUGGUGCAACUAUGAUGACUUGAACGAGUAUUUCUGGUCGUCAGAUUGUUUCUCAUUAGGUUGGCCCAUGCGCGAUGAUGGAGAAUUUUUUAAGUCAACUCGUGAAACUGUAAAGGGUAGAAAGGUCUUCCAGGACAGCUCUAAGGGCACAGGAAAAUCAAAUUUCAUAGAAACUAGAACAUUCUGGCAUAUUUUUCGAAGUUUUGAUCGCUUGUGGACAUUCUAUAUACUGGCUCUACAGGCAAUGGUGAUCAUCGCGUGGAGUGAAGCCCCACUAUUAUCUAUUUUUAAGAAAGACGUCUUAUAUCCUGUUUCAAGUAUUUUUAUCACCGCAGCUUUUCUUCGCUUGCUUCAGAGUGUUCUGGAUAUUAUUAUCAACCUCCCCAUGAAGCGUAGGUGGAUGUUCAUGGAUGUGACAAGAAGUGUCUUGAAGAUAAUUGUUAGUCUUGCAUGGGCUGUAGCCCUUUCCCUCUUUUAUGUUCAUUCCUUCAAUGUGGCACCACAGCAAAUUCGAGAUGUCCUGUCAUUUCUGGGGCAACUUAAGGGUGUUCCUGCUCUGUAUAUCAUGGCGGUGGUACUCUAUUGUCUACCAAACAUACUGUCUGCAGCACUCUUCCUUUUCCCAAUGCUUCGACGUUUUAUUGAAAACUCUGAUUGGCUUAUCAUAAGGUUCCUAAUGUGGUGGUCACAGCCUAGGAUUUAUGUAGGCAGAGGAAUGCAUGAAAGCCAAUUUUCUCUCAUAAAGUAUACUAUAUUUUGGCUACUACUUAUGGCUACAAAGAUUGCAUUCAGCUAUUUCAUCAUGAUAAGACCCUUGGUGAAGCCAACCAAAGACAUAAUGGACAUUAAUAAAGUUGACUUUCAGUGGCAUGAAUUUUUUCCUCAUGCUAAACACAAUUACGGUGCAGUUGCCUCACUUUGGGCUCCAGUUAUCAUGGUUUAUUUCAUGGAUACUCAAAUUUGGUACUCUAUAUAUACCACAGUUUAUGGUGGUUUCAUAGGAGCAUUUGACCGUCUAGGAGAGAUAAGGACUCUUGGUAUGCUGAGGACAAGAUUUCAAGCACUGCCUGGUGCUUUUAAUCACUGUCUGGUGCCUUCAGAAAAGUCACGCAAACGAGGCUUUACCUUAUCAAAGCGGUUUGCUGAGGCUAAUGCAAGCAAGAGAAGUGAAGCAGCUAGGUUUGCGCAGCUCUGGAACGAAAUUAUAUGUUCUUUCCGUGAAGAGGACCUUGUUAAUGACAGGAAAGGCUUCUGUUCCUUUACUCAUUUAUUAUAUCCUUCUCAUUAUGAUUGUUAUGUUACUGAAUUAGACAUACUAUUGUUCAGGGAGAUGGAUCUGCUGCUCGUGCCUUAUUCUUCAGAUCCUAGUUUGAAAAUAAUUCAGUGGCCACCUUUUUUGCUUGCAAGCAAGAUCCCGAUAGCAUUGGAUACGGCUGUUCAGUUUCGACCGAAGGACUCUGACCUUUGGAAGCGAAUAUCUGCUGAUGAAUACAUGAAAUGUGCCGUAAUUGAAUGCUAUGAAUCCUUUAAGCAAGUUUUGAACAUUCUGGUUGCUGGAGAAACCGAGAAAAAGAUGAUUUCUGUCCUUAUAAGAGAAGUAGAGACAAACAUGUCGAGGGGUACACUUCUUACAAAUUUCAGAAUGAGUGCUUUACCCACCCUCUGCAAGAAAUUUGUCGAACUUGUGGGAUAUCUGAGAGAUGGCGACUCUUCCAAACGGGACAGUGUGGUAUUGCUACUGCUUGACAUGCUAGAAGUUGUUACACGUGACAUGAUGGUGAAUGAAAUUCGUGAGUUAGCCGAUCUUGGGAAUAGUAGUGGCAAGGAUGGAAAUCGUCUUUUUGAAAAUGUAGUAUUUCCACCUAAGAUUACACCACAGUGGGAAGAACAGAUACGACGCCUGUAUCUACUUUUGACAGUGAAGGAGUCUGCCACUGAUGUGCCGACAAACCUUGAAGCACGAAGAAGGAUUGCAUUUUUCACAAACUCACUGUUCAUGGAUAUGCCACGAGCUCCUAAAGUUAGGAAGAUGCUUUCAUUUAGUGUCCUUACCCCUUACUACAGUGAGGAGACAGUAUACUCUAGAAAUGACCUUGAAAUGGAGAAUGAAGAUGGUAUAUCUGUUAUAUACUACUUGCAGAAGAUAUUUCCAGAUGAAUGGAACAAUUUUAUGGAGAGAAUCAAUUGCAAGAAAGAGGCUGAGGUUUGGGAAAAUGAGGAGAACAUUUUACACCUUCGCUAUUGGGUUUCACUGAGAGGACAGACUCUCUGCAGAACAGUUCGAGGGAUGAUGUACUAUCGAAGGGCAUUAAAACUUCAGGCUUUUCUCGACAUGGCUGAUGAAGAGGAGAUCUUGGAAGGCUAUAAGGCAGUUACAGUUCCAAUGGAGGAGGGGAAGAGGAGUCAGAGAUCCCUUUAUGCCCAAUUAGAAGCUCUUGCAGAUAUGAAAUUCACAUAUGUUGCUACGUGCCAGAAUUACGGUAAUCAGAAGCGGAGUGGAGAUCGUCGUGCAACAGACAUUUUAAAUUUGAUGGCCAAUCAUCCAUCCCUGCGUGUAGCAUAUGUGGAUGAAGUUGAAGAAAGAGAAGGUGGUCAAAAAUCACAAAAAGUUUAUUACUCCGUACUGGUCAAAGCUGUUGACAAUCUUGACCAGGAAAUAUAUCGUAUAAAGUUGCCUGGCCCGGCAAAGAUAGGGGAAGGGAAGCCUGAGAACCAAAACCAUGCUAUAAUUUUCACUAGAGGAGAAGCCCUCCAGGCCAUAGAUAUGAACCAGGAUAAUUACUUGGAAGAAGCUCUGAAAAUGCGUAACCUUCUAGAAGAAUUUAAUGAAGAUCAUGGAGUGCGUCCACCUACAAUUUUAGGUGUUCGUGAGCAUAUCUUCACUGGAAGUGUAUCAUCCUUGGCAUGGUUUAUGUCAAAUCAGGAGACGAGCUUUGUUACCAUUGGACAAAGAGUUCUUGCAAGACCAUUGAAGGUUCGCUUUCACUAUGGCCACCCAGAUGUCUUUGACAGGAUCUUCCACAUUACCCGAGGUGGAAUAAGCAAGGCUUCUCGUGGAAUCAAUUUAAGUGAGGACAUCUUUGCUGGAUUUAACUCAACAUUAAGGCGUGGAAAUGUUACUCAUCAUGAGUAUAUUCAAGUAGGCAAAGGACGUGAUGUUGGUCUCAACCAAAUCUCACUUUUUGAAGCAAAAGUAGCCUGUGGUAAUGGAGAGCAAACACUCAGUCGGGAUGUGUACCGAUUAGGCCAUCGUUUCGACUUCUUCCGCAUGCUUUCGUGCUAUUUCACAACAGUUGGAUUUUACGUUAGUUCCAUGUUGGUUGUCCUUACAGCGUAUGCUUAUCUAUAUGGAAGACUUUACCUAUCUUUGAGUGGUUUGGAGCAGUCCAUUAUUAAGUUUGCUAGGGCCAAGGGGGAAAAUGCCUUGAAGGCAGCCAUGGCUUCGGAGUCUGUGGUCCAACUGGGACUUCUAAUGGCUUUGCCCAUGAUCAUGGAGAUUGGACUGGAGAGAGGAUUUAGAACUGCGUUGGGUGAGAUGAUCAUUAUGCAGUUGCAGCUAGCGGCAGUUUUCUUCACAUUCUCCCUUGGGACAAAAGUUCACUAUUAUGGGCGUACCAUCUUGCACGGAGGAGCCAAGUACAGAGCCACUGGACGUGGAUUUGUUGUCCGUCAUGAGAGAUUUGCUGAAAAUUAUCGCAUGUAUUCAAGAAGCCAUUUCACAAAAGGGCUAGAGCUUAUGAUAUUGCUUAUAGCAUAUCAUUUAUAUGGAUCUGCGGUAUCUGGUUCCACAGCCUUUAUUCUGGUGACUGGGUCCAUGUGGUUUUUGGUUAUAUCUUGGUUGUUUGCUCCCUUUAUUUUCAAUCCAUCAGGAUUUGAGUGGCAGAAGAUUGUGGAUGAUUGGGAUGAUUGGACGAAAUGGAUUAGUAGUCAUGGUGGUAUUGGUGUACCGGCAAACAAGAGUUGGGAAUCAUGGUGGGCUGAAGAGCAGGAGCACUUGCUAUCUACAGGAUUUACAGGACGUUUCUUGGAGAUUGUUCUUUCUCUCCGGUUCUUUUUGUAUCAGUAUGGAGUAGUGUAUCAUUUGCAUGUAGCCAAUGAAGACACAAGCAUCAUGGUUUAUGGCCUGUCUUGGCUUGUCAUUGUUGCUGUGGUUAUUAUUCUGAAGAUCGUAUCCAUGGGUAAAAAGAAGUUCAGUGCAGAUUACCAACUGAUGUUCAGAUUACUGAAACUUUUCCUUUUCAUUGGCUUUAUAGUCGCUCUGGUUGUCUUCUUUUUAUUCUUGAAUCUGACAGUUGGAGACAUAUUUGUUAGCUUGCUGGCCUUCAUGCCCACUGGAUGGGCUCUUUUAUCAAUAGCAAUAGCAUGUAGGCCGGUGGUGAAAGGCAUGGGAAUGUGGAGUUCAGUUAUAGCAUUGGCGAGAGGCUAUGAGUACAUCAUGGGGAUUCUAAUUUUCACCCCUGUGGCAAUGUUAGCUUGGUUCCCGUUUAUCUCUGAGUUCCAGACCAGGUUACUGUUCAACCAAGCUUUCAGUCGAGGGCUGCAAAUUCAACGUAUCUUGGCUGGUGGGAAGAAGCAGAAGUAAACACUCAUUUACUCAUGUGUGACGUGGUAUUCUGUUCUUGUAAAUGACAGAAAGGGGUUCUUCCAGCAGGAAGUGAAUUUCUGAAUUUAAUCAAUUUUUUGGAAUAUAUUGCUCACUGGAGAUGCCAAUGUUAUGUGCACUUCACAAUAUACUUAUCAGCGUCAAGAUCUCGGUCAGAGGCUCCACAUUCUGAUAGUCUCAAGCCGGAAUCAAUUUUUUCCAAAAGCUUGCUUAAAGAGCUUAUUACCAUAUCCAAUGUUUUCUGGAUUUUGUCCAUCAUACAUGUAAUAUGCUCUUUUCUUUUUUCCCUGUAUAUAUGAGAUUGAAUUUAGAUUAAGAGUUCAUUAUACUUUUAGCCUUUCCCUUGUCGGGGAAAGACAAUGCACAGGUAAACAGAUUGUAGCAGGCUUCAUAAUCGUCGCAGAUUGAACUGUAUAACUGAUGUCAAAACAUGUAAAGGUAGUGUAUUUAAAAAAAAAAAAUAGAAUAACUGAUUCUUUGUGAAGUAA